AUGGCGGUGUGGUGGUGGGUGGCAUUUGCGAUCGGCGUUCUGUGUGGCCUCGGUGGACGCCAGCGCCCGCCGCAAAAGAAGGGAGUGAAGGUACAAGGCAGAAAGUAUGCGCAGAGGCAGCGGGGAGAACGUGCGGGGCUGCUGUGUGGGAGGGGGGGCAUGCUGUGCGUGGUGGGCGUGGUCGUAUUGCUCCUACCAACAGGGAUGGGCUGGUUGCAGCUCCUUGCGUCGGUGUGGCGGGUGCUUGCUAGGGGUGUGGCCAUGGGGGCGGUGGUGUGGGGGCAUGCGCAGACAGGGCAAAGGAGUGCGCGAGGCCCAGGUAGGUGUGGUGGGGGCGGCGGGGCUGAACGGGCGCCGCUUGAAGGGGAACGUGCCAUGAUACUGAGGGAGGAGUGGUUGAAGCUGAUCUUGUCGGGCGACAAAACAGUGGAGGUGCGAGGUCGCAAGGCAAAGCUGGGCCAUGUAUGGCUAGCACACGGGAAGAAAGUGUAUGGCAGUGCAGUGAUUAGGCAGUGUGUGGAGGUGAAUUUGGAGGAGUUCCACGCGCUCCGAGGAGAACACCAGAUUCAAGAGGAACGCCUGCCUUAUAGGCGCACCUACGCGUUGUGGCUUGCGCAGGUGCAGACUUUGAGUGAGCCAGUGGUCUUCCAGAAGAAGUUGGGUUGCAUUGGGUGGGCUCGCAUUCGGUAUGCUUUGCCACAGCGAGGGGAAGUGGGCAGGAAGGUGAAAAGGAAGCAGUCGAAAUGCGGGGAGGAGGUGUGCGUGGAAGGAGCGGGACUGUCGAACGUGGGCAACACGUGCUACAUGAACAGCUGUCUGCAAGCACUGUUUCAUUCGAAGCGCCUGUGCUUGAGGCUCCAAAGCCACGUGGCAGAAAAAAAGUGUCCACCAGACUGCCGAGCUUGCCUGCUGUGGCAGACAAAUGAGUUGCGGCAGUUGGGGCAAGCAGACCAGGAGACAAUGAACAUGUGGCAACCUUUUCUCCAAGCCGCUCGCCUGCGCCUGGGCGACCAAGAGAACGUCGUGGACUUUGCCAUGCCGUUGUGUCGCGAGGUGGAAGAUGCAAUGCCAGGGUGCUUCAGAAUGGAUGUGCUGCGACAGCAGCGUCACCAGUGCGGGGUCACCAGCUGUAGAAGUUACAAUGUUUGGUUGGGGACGGAACAAGUGGAGGCCUGGCCGGUGACGCUGGUGGAAAAUGAGGGCACGCCGGAGGCCACAGUGCAAGAGCUCAUUCUGCACACGUUUAAAGAAGCGUGGCUUGCGGAGGGCUUGCGCUGUGGGGCCUGCGGGCAGCAGAAGAGAGUGCUGCAACAAGCCAUGCCAUUGGCUACACCAGAGGUGCUUGUCGUGAGCUUUCCUCGCAACAGCCACGUGGAUCCGCACACAAGGCGGCAAGUGCGGAAUGAGCACGCUAUAGAAGCUGCAGGCUCCGUCAGUGUCACUGGAAGUGAAUACGACUUUGUGGCUUUAGUGGAGCACAUCCCGGCAGCGCAUGGGGAUACAGAGCAAGGGCAUUUUGUGACUUGGGUCAGACAUGGCGCUGUGUGGCUCCGAUGCGACGAUGCGGUGGUCACACAGAAGGCGUCCAUGCCGAAGAGUGUGGCCAGGAAUGUUGUGCUUGCCGUGUACGAGAAGCCCGUGCUCUCCGCAACAACAGAGAGACCAGACGCAGCUACGUCGACAGGUCGGGAUGUGCAAGUGGAAGAAGAAGAAGAAGAAGACAUAGCUGCAGCGAGCAUUGCCGAAAGAGAAGCCCCUCCGUCUGUGCAGGACACAGGUGCCCAAAACCAGGCUUUGCCAGGAGAAGGCAUGGCGCGGGCAUCGCCUCGGCAGCAUGGCCCCCACAUGGAAACCCUGUCCUUUGGAGAAUCAGAGGACGGCACGUGGGAAUUUGAGAGAGAUGUGGCUGCCGUGCUCGGAAAGUUUGAGAGUGGUGAGGAUGUUGCAGAGAUUUUGGCAAUGGGGCAAGGAGAUGCAAAGGAGCAGUUGCCUGCCUUGGUAGCCUGCUGGGAAAACGAUGAGUUCGGUGGCAAGCAAGCCGUGGAGUUGCAAUAUCCCUUGUGGCGCACAAGCUUCUACCCCGUGUUGGUGCUCAUGGAGGCGUGGAGUCGCAGCACUGGCAUGCCGACCGUGUUCUACUAUGAUGCAUUCUGUGCGUUGCUCAUGGGAUUGCUGCAUAAAGAGAUAGCGGUCGACGUUGCGGGGUACCCCUGCCGCAGCAGAUAUUGGACAAUUGGAACUGCUCGCCCAGGGAGCGGAAAAAGCCCAGCAGUAGACCCGAUGCUAGAGUGCCUCCGCGCUGUGUUAGAAGAGAACCCGCACUUGGCUGCUGGGUGUGGAUGGGACAAAUUCCAUUUGCUAGGCCCCGGGACCCAUUGCGCAGCCAUCGACAAGCUGAAGGUGACGGAUGGAUAUGCAACGCUGGUCGCUGGGGAGGGGGGGCCACUGCUGUGCCCAGCCUUUCCGCAGAACGGGACUUGGAACCAGGCAACGCACAUCAACUUGGCCAGGUUCUUGGACAGCGCGACAGGUGGUGAGGUCCCAUGGGAGACAGCGAUAGACCGGAAGGCCAGAAAGGAUUCUGCAGAGGACCGAGUAGUGCCGAUGAAGGCGAUACCGCCGCAAAAGACCAAUGUCACGAUUGCCUUACUGCAGCAGCUGUCCGUGUGGCACAAUUGGUGGGUGGCCAGCGAAGUUCGGAGCCAGAUCGGUUUGCCACAGCGGUGCAUGUUCUCCUUCGGAGCCCUGCGGGACCCGGGCCCUCCACGCUUGCAAGCGUUUGAGAAGCAAGUGGUGAUGCCCAUCUUGCGCCGAAUCUUUGAGGUGGUGUUGAAAUCCAUUGGCGGGAAGGCGCCGCUGGCAACAGAUGCGCCGGCAAGAGAAUGGAAGUUGACGCCUGCCUUGAAAGAGGUCUUCCAUGCAUAUCGGUUGGCGUGCCGAGAUGUCACCAAACGCACAUUCUUCAGCAAAACCCUGGUGAGUGGACUGCACAAAGCACCCUAUUGGGUCAGCGCUGUGGCCUUAUUCGGAACUCUCUUGGAGGGGCUGUGGCCGGUGGCCUGUGGGCGCCUUGGCUGCACCCGAACGGCGCGCGCGCGCGUGUGUGAUAUGUGUGUGUGUGUGGUUGCGUUUGUGGGGCCGUGGAGCACGGGCUGGCUGGGGCAGCAAGCAACGAGGAUCCAAGCGAGUUUGCCGGCGUGGAGCGGGCAGCUCAGCGCAGAGGCCUUGAAGAUGGGGACUCUGCGCUUUCAGGAAAGGUUCCUCUAUGGCUUGGCCGUCUUGGAGGGUGUGGAAGCGAUGGCAGAGGUUCUUCGCACCUUGGUGGGUUCGGGGUGGUGUGCAGAGUGGACGCGGCGCUGUGGGCCACCGUUCCGGAACCUGCCGGGCCCGAUGUGGGGAGCUGCGGCAUAUGAGGAAGUGAUGGCCUUGCUGGUGGAGCGGGGUCUUGGAGAGAUCCGCGAACAGCGCCUCACGCAGGAGCAGCUGCUGCGUGUCUUUGUCAAGGGUGCUUUCACGGCAUUGUCCCAGGAAGCCAAAGAGGCUCUGAAGGAUAUGGGCGUUCCAAGUUGGUCAUUUGGACCGCCGCGGCACGCGGCGACGACGGAGCCCCCGCGGCCCAGGACGAGCAAGACGACUGCGAAGAGCCGGCCGCCUGACAGCGCAGGAGGAGACAAGACAGGAUCUGGCCCGAUCCAAUGCCGCGAGCGUGGGCUGUCGAGGAACGAGGCGAAGGCCUUGCCUGCAAGCAGCCGAGGAGAGGCGGAAGAGGCUAGCCCAGACGCUGUGGAGGCGAGCCGUGUGAGCGAAAGAGAGCCGUGGAGCGUGGUUUUCCAUGGCGAGCCAGUGGAGGAUGUGGCAACCUACACAAGCUUGUGGCAAGCCGCCGAACGCGUGCUGGGGGAGCGAGGAGACCCAGGCAUGUACACCUUCCAUGAGAAGAACUUGAAGAGGGAGGGCAAAAGCGCAUGGGCAUUGAGCGGGCUGGAUGCAAAGCGGCCCAGGGUUACGUCCAAAGAUGUGCGGGACGCGCUGCAGGCACACCAGCUGCAAGUGCGCUGUACCAACACGCAGCUGCACAACUUUGUGGUGCGUUUCAAUCGCACGGGCCCUCCCCAGAGCGGCAAGGGCAACCUAACCUUGAGCCAGGUGCGCAACGCGGCCAUGGACUACAUGUGCGAGAGCAUGGAGGCAUGGGCAACGUGGAACCCAUGGCGACUAGUGGUUCUACCAUGUCCAACCUUGGAGGUGGACAGGAUCUGCGUCGUGUGGACUUGCCCGGGCAUGCUGCGACGCGCUGCCUGUCUGCAAGGGAAGGUGGUGAAGCUGGCCGUGGACGCCAAGCAGAAAAUCGUGGCCAAUGAAUAUGGGAUCGUGACAGUCUCAUUUUUGGUGAGCAGCGCGACGCCGAGCAAAACCUGGGCAGGGACCAAGCACACAAAGUCUAUUGACACGCACACUGCCACACAAGAACCCUUCAUCCAAGCGUUGGUGAAUUCGGAGUCAGAGGCUAAUAUGACGCAGAUCUUCACGGAGGCAUGCAACCUUGCAGAGCGAUAUUGCGGCCUAGAUCUACGCGCGCAAGUUUGGCAAGUGCACAAGGACUGCGCCAAGGGGAUCGAAGCGUCCCGGCGCAAAGUCUUUCCGUAUGCCCGCCCAUGUGACGACUAUGUGCAUAUGCGCCGGGCCUCCUACAAAGUUCUCCAGAAGUAUUUGCCGACGAAAACACAGAGGCCGAGGACCAGCAAAGACAAAGCAAAGAAGCGCGCGUCGCCAAGUCCAGCGAGGGCAAGCACCAUGGCGGCGAAAGAGGAGGAAGACUUCAGCCAACUGGAGAGGGUUAUCCAAAUCAGCCGGGAGGUUCCGACGGUGCAAAUGUUCGAUGCCAUUUGGCAGCUGGCUUUUCCGUGGCUGCGGGAGAAAAGCGCAGCGGCCGCAGAGUACUUGCAGCGGACCUACUUUCAGCAGGUGCCCACCGAGAGCCUGCAGAAAGGCUUUCGCUGCAAUGCGACACUUUGGGGCGCUGACAGCUUGUGGUUUGGCGGCUUCUGGGGCGGAAUUCUGGGAACGUAUCCAGGCAGCAGCUCUGGAACACAGCCGCUGGAAUCAUUUCACUCCUACUGGCAAGGCACUAUCAAAGCCAAAGCAAGGACAUCGCCAGCAGACAUAUUUGGCAGCAUGCAAGACCUUUUCCAAAAGGAUUGGGCAGCACGAUUUGCGUGGGACGAAGAGAAGAAGUUCGUGACAUGGCCCGCACGCUCGGCAGAUGCACUGUUCAAUAGCCAAAGUCUACGCUCGGCGGGUAGAUCCCCAGCUAGGGAUUUCUGGGAACACCGUGAAAAGCGGUUUUGUGGGAACCGCAACUACCGCGAAGUGUACAUCCGCACAGGUGACACAGAGGGUGCUGGGAUGGAAGGGAUGACCACGUUCUGGGUGCUGCAAAGCAGAGCCCACGACAAAGUCACAGCAGCGGAAGCGAUUGUGCUGCCCGAUGUGGCGGAGACAGUUGCCAACCUCAUCGCGGCAGAGGGCACGCAGUUAGAGAAGUGGCUGGCGAAGGGAGGUAUUGUCAGGGAGGGGCGGCUAGAAUUGGGAGCGUUGCAGAAAUACAUGCACAGGUAUUGCGCAGUCUUGGAGGGGCACUUGGUCCAAGUGUCAUGGCCCCGCAGCCACCGCAAGCUGAAGAAAGCGGUCCCUGGCAAGCUGUGCACCUGCCGGGAAUUCUUGCUGCACGCUGACUGCGAGCACGUGCUCUUCAUCAAGGCGUUGCAGAACGAUCCCACAGCUAGCAUGCAGAACAUCCCGACGCUGAGGCCGCGAGGUCGCAAGCGCAAGGGCCAGUGAUACAGCGUGCCCGCCAUAACCACAGACCACAGAAAAGCAGCGUAGGGGAGCGAAUGUGUCUUUUCUGACCUGUGUCUACAUGUAGAAUAGGGUUGGACGAGAUCUUGUACGGAUGGAAUGUGAGAUGAAUCUAGCUGAUGUCUGAGCCACGUGCCGCGGCGCUAAGGAGGC